AGCCAUUGUGGCUCGGGAGUGGAGGCCCGGUGGAGUUUCCGUUGCGCCGCCCCUCCUCGACGGGAGGCAUCUCGAUAUCCACGGCCUCGCGGGCCGGGGAGGCCGGCUGCGGCCCCGGUGGGGUACGGGGCGCACCUCUGCGGAUGCUCCGCGCGGGCCCCGUCCACGCGACCGCGCAUCCACGGGGCCGCGCCCCCCGGAGUCCAGGCCGCGAUGGCGAGGGUGUGGACGUGUCUGCCGCUCGCGAACCCCGCGGCGAUGGCCACGGACAGCUGCGCCGGCUGGAGCGGACAGGCCGGCGACCAGGCGACCACGACGCGGCGCAGGUCGCGCACCUCUGGCUGCCGGUCGAAGCGCCACCAGCAGUGCCGGAGGAGGGCCGCGGGCCCGUCCAUCCUCUCCUGGAGGCCGGUCGCAGCGGGAGUGCCCGGGCAAGCGCCAGAGGACAGCGCCGUGGACGAUGCUUCUGGCGCUGGCCCGGCGCCCCGCGCUGGGCGCGCCGCGGCGGAGCCGCAGCCUCUGGAGCGCCCCGGCGGCCGGGCGGGGCCGCCCGUGGGCCCGACCGCAGGAGAGGCCGGCACGGAGCCGCCGAGCGCCGCCGCGGGGUCGGAGGCGGGCGGCCGCGAGCCGCCAGUGGUGGUCGCGAACCCCGCCGUGGAUGCCAGGAGCGAGGCGGUCAUCGGGCUCGGCCUCGCCAGCGUGAUCGCGCAGAUGGCGGCCAUGGCGGCAGACCACGGGGCGCUGACGCCGUUUCACUGCAAGUUCCCGCCGAGCAUCGGCGUCGGCGAGUACCUCGCUCGGCUGUGCCACCACACGCGCUGCAGCUCCGGCUGCCUCGUGGUCAGCCUGCUCUACAUCGACAGGCUGAUCAAGCGCCACCCGGCGUACGUGGUGGUCAGCCCCUUGAGCUGCCAUCGCCUGAUGCUCAUCAGCAUUGCCAUAGCGGUCAAGUUCCACGAUGACACCUAUUACAGCAACGCGUUCUACGCCAAGGCUGGAGGGGUGCAGCUCAAGGAGUUCAAUGCCUUGGAGAGGAAAUUCCUGCAGCUCAUCGAGUGGAACCUGCAUGUCGAAGCUAAGGAGUACGACCUCUACGAUAUGAUCCUGCGCUCUGCGGAGAGUGGCGGAUAGUAGACCAACUGCUCGGCGUUGACAAGUGGUGCGAAAUGCGAAGGUAACAUGCAGGUGCCCUCAGGCGGGUGGGUCAGUGCACAAACAGCCUCCCCUAUCUCCUGGAAGGCGGGCGCGCAUGCUGCAACAGGCAACGCCUAUGUGCUGGCAUCGCGAUGACGCGGGCCCCGAGACAUAUGACUCAGUUCAGCCCCACUCCUUGCCCCCUCCUCCUCUUCCCCCUUCCGUUCCUCCCCGGUUCUCCGCCUUCUCCUCAGCGAGAUCCCUUGCCCUCGGGCGAGUGCCACGUUCAACCUGACGUGGCAUGGGAUACCAAGUUCCGAUUCUGCGCCUCCGCUUUGUAGACUGCGUCCAUGGCUGAUCUUGGCAUCGCUCGGACGUGUGAAUUUUUCCUUCGGCGAGGACCAUCGAGGAG